ACUUCCUCCUCAGCACGUGCGGUCUCUCUGUCAUUCUGUUUCUCUCUCCCCUCUCCAGCUCGCGCGUUCUCUCUGUUACUUUUCAACUUUUUUCUUCAACAUUUCCAAUUCAUUGAGCUUCCACUAAUAGAAACAAAACGCUGUAAAUUCUUUCUACUUCCUUCCGUGUCUCUCUCACCUUCUACAUUAUUCUCCUACAAAAAACACUGCACACCCACCGUAACUAUCAUGUGACGCCAAUACAUUCGAUUCGAUUCCCCCAAUGCACCCUUACAACCGGCUACCGUCAAGUGGCCACUCAACGCCCUCUCCUCCUCCCUCACCUCUCCGUUCACCUCGUCUCCGUCACACCCGUUCCAAAACCGCCCGCUUCUCCCCGCCUCAACCGCCUCCUCGAACCUUCGCCCAGCGACUCGCCUGGGUUUUUCUAUCGGUUCUCCUUCGUCGUCAAGGCGUUUUCCUCUUUGCGCCUCUCAUCUAUAUCUCUGGCAUGCUCCUUUACUUCGGUACCUUCUCCUUCGACGUUAAUCCUAUCAUUAGACACCGUCCUGCUCCUGGCUCUGUUUACCGGAGUCCUCAACUCUACGCUAAACUCCGGCCGGAUAUGGAUGCCGAUGAUUCUUCUGCCGAUGCGAUAUCAACAAUAUGGAAGAGUCCAUAUAAAAGUGGUGAAUGGAAACCGUGUGUUCACAGAUCUUCAGAAGGCCUUCCUGAAUCAAAUGGAUACAUAUAUGUAGAGGCUAAUGGUGGCUUAAAUCAGCAAAGGACAUCGAUAUGCAAUGCUGUUGCUGUGGCUGGCUAUCUUAAUGCUACUCUUGUGAUCCCAAAUUUCCAUUAUCAUAGCAUAUGGAAAGAUCCUAGCAAGUUCAGUGACAUUUAUGAUGAAGAAUAUUUUGUCAAUACCUUGAAAAAUGAUGUACGGGUGGUUGAAAAGAUUCCCGAGUACCUGAUGGAAAGAUUUGGCAGCAACAUGACAAAUGUUUUCAAUUUCAGGAUCAAGGCAUGGUCAUCCAUUCAGUAUUACAGGGAUGUGGUACUUCCAAAGUUACUUGAAGAAAAGGUUAUUAGGAUUUCACCGUUUGCAAAUAGAUUGUCAUUUGAUGCUCCUCCUGCUGUCCAGCGUCUCAGAUGCUUAGCAAAUUAUGAGGCUUUACGAUUUUCAAGUCCCGUAAUGACCCUGGGUGAAUCUUUAGUUUCAAGAAUGACGAAGCAAAGCAUAAUGAAUGGCGGUAAAUAUGUCUCUGUACAUCUUCGUUUUGAAGAGGAUAUGGUUGCUUUCUCUUGUUGCGUUUUUGAUGGUGGAAGCCAGGAGAAAGACGACAUGGUUGCAGCAAGAGAAAGAGGUUGGAAAGGAAAAUUUACAAAACCAGGACGAGUUAUACGUCCUGGAGCAAUCAGGAUCAAUGGGAAGUGUCCCCUCACUCCAUUAGAGGUAGGCCUUAUGCUUAGGGGAAUGGGUUUUACAAAAAACACCUCCAUCUAUUUGGCAUCUGGAAAAAUAUAUAAUGCUGAGAAAACAAUGGCCCCUCUAAGGGAAAUGUUUCCUAAUUUGCAUACUAAGGAGACUUUAGCAUCUGAGGAGGAACUUGCCCCAUUUAAGAAUUAUUCUUCCAGGAUGGCUGCCAUAGACUACACUGUUUGCCUUCAUAGCGAGGUGUUUGUCACGACACAGGGUGGUAAUUUCCCUCAUUUUCUACUGGGCCACCGGAGAUACUUGUAUGGUGGACACUCUAAGACAAUCAAGCCUGAUAAGCGGAAGUUGGCAUUACUCUUCGAUAGUACCAAUAUUGGAUGGAAAAGUCUCAAGCGUCAAUUGUUGAGCAUGAGGUCACACAGUGAUUCCAAGGGAGUUGAGCUCAAAAGGCCCAAUGACUCGAUAUAUAGCUUUCCAUGCCCAGAUUGCAUGUGCCAUGCAAAUAGAACUGAUGACUCUAAAUCUUCAUCAGCAACUUGAUUUACUUGCAGCGUUUUAUCGGUGUUUCAGUUUCCUUUGACUUUAAGAGUGUGUCUAGCUGCAUUUACUGACAUGACUAUUUCAUUUUUUCCCCUUUUGAUCUAAUGAGAGGGCACACAACCCAAAAUUCGGAGGUUAUCAAGAUUUGUUUGGAGGUCUCUUAGUUCUGAUUAUAUCUUGUGACUGGAUUUCAAGGAAUUGGCACAUUUUUUUCACAUGAUGCAAGUUGAGAACAGAAUCAAAUUGUGCAAUUGCAGGAUUCUCUCCCAGAACAUUGACCAAGCUUUGUUUAAUAUAUUGAUAUUGAUAUUGAAUUAGCAGCUGCUGUGUCUAACAAGAUAUGGAAAGACAAAUUAACGUUUCAUCAAACCCUUCCUGUACAUUAUUUGGAGAUUGUUCUCCGUGGGUUUAAGGCUGUAGCAACAGAUUGUUUUGUGUACAUUAACAAAUUCAACUUUUACAGUGAAGCUUUGUAUUUUCUGUUUUGUUUUCCCUCAAAUUGAGGGCCUGAUUGUUAGUUGUAUGUCUAUAUCAGAGUACAUUUGUUAUUCUUUUACAUUGGUACUCCAUUGUUUUAGUGAUGAUACCAGUGAAUGUAAUUACUUUACCAUGAAUGACUAACAAUUGCAAAAGGAUCUCAACUGGUA